AUGGCGGGGUCUACUGCAAAUGACGAAAAGCAAGGGCCGGGGAAGGGUUCUGAGAUGAUGGCCGUGAUGUGGGCGCUUACUGGAGUCACGACAUUUAUUGUCGUCGCUCGACUUUUCAUACGACAAAAGGUGUUGCGGGUUUUAGGGUUGGACGACUGGCUAAUUGCGAUUUCGAUGGUCCUGGGAUUGAUAUUUGUGGGAACCGCCACGGCAUCUGCAGCGUACGGCUAUGGUGAACACACAGCGAAAUUGGAUAUAGCAGAUGCCGAAAAGGGACUCUUUUACAACAGCGUAUCAUUUAUCUUCGGUAUCCUGUCCUUCGCGCUACCCAAGCUUGCCGUAGCAGCUUUAUUGAAUCGUCUCCUCAAUCCGAGCCUGAUCCACCGCAUCAUCACAUGGGGCCUGGCGAGUUUCGUCGGCGCAGUUGCCAUCGUCAACAUUAUCAUCUACGUGACCAUGUGCGACCCUCCACAAGCCCUAUGGAAAAUCAGUAUGGUCAUGAAUGGGGAGGCGACAUGUCGCGAUAUCUGGAUUCUCAUCCAUUAUGCUACUUUCAACGGAGCAAUAUCCGCAUUUGUCGAUCUCUACCUAGCCAUCUAUCCCAGCACUGUGUUGUUCAAACUACAGAUGUCAUUGCGCAAGAAGAUCGCACUGAGCGCAGCAAUGGGCUUGGGCGCAGUUGCAGCUGCUUGCGCCAUUGUUAAAUGCGCUCAAAUCAAAGGCCUAGCAGACAAGACCGAUCCCACCUAUGGAACCGUCCCCCUCGUCAUCUGGACGAACGUCGAAGCCAACGUCGUCGUCAUCGCCUCCUGCAUCCCCACCCUGCAACCUCUCCUCGAACUCAUCCUCGGCAAGCGCAAACUCACCUCCGGCGGCAAAAGCAACUCCCGACACAAAUACUACCAACAAAGCAGCCAGCAAGGCCACGACCCCAGCCAGAGCCAUCGCAGCCGGCGCUCCCACGCCCUCCAUAAACAGGACUACACGCUCACCACGGACGUCGAGAGCCGCGAGAGUAUCCUGCGCGAGAAUAGACUUGAUAAUGCCGUCGACACCGCCGGGCCGUUGCAUAUUCAUCGGACGGAUGAUGUUCAUAUUGAGUAUGAGAUGCAGACGCAGGCGCCGCCGGAGCCGACGCAGAAGAGGAGCUUUUCAUAA